GGGCUUCCGUCAGGCUCGCCGUCAUUGGCUGCGUUGUGCACAGCUGACGGUCGCGCGGGCGAGGAAGCUUCCAGGAUGGCGGCGUCCGCGGCGCUGAUCUUGCCCGAGAGCCCCAGCAUGAAGAAGGCAGUGCCGCUGAUAAACGCAGUCGAUACCGGAAGAUUCCCACGCCUUCUCAUCCGAAUUCUCCAGAAGCUCCACCUGAAGGCCGAGAGCAGCUUCACUGAGGAAGAGGAAGAAAAGCUUCAGGCUGCCUUCUCUCUGGAGAAACAAGAACUUCACCUGGUUCUGGAAACAAUAUCCUUCGUUUUGGAACAGGCAGUAUACCACAACGUGAAGCCAGCGGCCCUGCAGCAGCAAUUGGAGAGUAUUCAUCUCACACAAGACAAAGCAGAAGCAUUUGCCAACGCUUGGUCGGCUAUGGGUCAAGAAACGGUUGAGAAGUUCAGGCAGAGGAUUCUGGGCCCUCACAAGCUAGAGACAGUGGGAUGGCAGCUUAACCUGCAAAUGGCUCACUCCGCCCGAGCCAAGCUCCAGUCUCCUCAGGCCGUGCUGCAGCUGGGAGUGAGCCAGGAAGACUCGAAGAGUCCAGUCUGUGCUGCCCAGUUCCUCACGGGUGUGGUGGCUGAUCUCCAGCAUGGUUGGCCUAUGAUGUGUCCGAAAACUGACUCUUCGUCUCCUAGCAACUGUCGAAUGCCAGCAGUGCCCCAGUUGGGAUAGGACUUCAUGUUCGACGCCCCCUUCCGUGCUGGCAUUUGUCUGGCUUGAGCCUGUGCAGCUCUUCUGCAUGUUGUCACAGUCACUGUGAGGACUGGGGACAGUACCCCAACUCUAUACCUACCUCAUGCUACCAAAUAAACAAAACUCUAGUACCAGGAACAUGCUACCUCUUCUUGAGCUGCUGGCCAGUGGGUUCCUACAGACUUCCAAAUACUGAUCUUGGUUACCCUCCAGAACUUGAUGGUCAGACACCACUCGCUUGAGUUGUGAACAUGGAAAAGUCAAAUGGGUGCUGAUCUGAAAGCUUCAUCCCCACUGGCUGGCUCUCAUGGUGCCGGAAGAUGCUGUGCACUCUACCAUGGGGAAAAAGCAGUCACCGAUCUCAGCAUGCUGUGGACAUGGGAGAUCUGCUCUACAUGACUGCCUUCAGCCUCUGGUGCUGCUGACCCACUGUUCUCAGCGUCUGGGCUUUGUAAUUACUCUGCUUCCUCUAGUUUUCUAGUUAUACCAACUACGAGUUCUUGACUACUUAAUUUAUAACAUUUACUAUUAUGAAAAAAACAUUAAUGACUUUGUGUAAGGCCAAGCAGCUAGCAAAUGGUGGAGCGAGAACUCGCACACAAGCAUUUGGACCUAAGAGCCCGUACUUUAAAUCUCUAGAUGCUGUGUUCUCCUGACCAGUAGUUCCGUUCAUCUCUUUCUGUUUGGGCCCAGUUGUUUUUACAUUCAGUUGACUCAAAGUUGGCCAUGAUGUUAAAAUUUUUUCCACAUUCCUUGCAUACUGUCCCAGUAUCAGUUAAUAUAGUUUUAUCAAAGUGAAAAUCGAAUACAUAUUGUAGACGAAUUUAUACUGCACUUCUAAAUUAAAUUGAAAGAAUACUCAGGGUUAGACCUAAGAGAAUUUAGAGAAGAUGUAUGUCUUUAUUUUCUUUAAUUUUUAAUUCCCAGAACUAUAAGAGGACAUUAUUAACAGCUAGUUUUUAUCAUUAGCAAUUAGCAUACAGGAUUUUUUUAAGAAUUAAAGAUUGGAUUUAGGGCCAGCAUUUUUUUUUUAUUGAAGUAUAGUAUUUGAACAUCCCUCUGGGGUAUACAUCAUGGUAAUUUAGAGCAUGUGUACAAUGCAUAGUAAUCAGAUCUGGAUAAUAAGAAUUUCUGUCUACUCAACCACCAGUCAUCUUUAUUUGUUGCUAAUUUUGUACUCUUUAAGUCACUUUUUAAGUACCCCAUUAAUUUAUCCGGGAGUUACCCCAUUGCAACUGAAGAACCAGCAGGCAUCCUGCUGUCCCGUAUCUCUCCUUCCUCGCCUCCCCCUGUUCUCCACCCACUCACUAUCUUUCAUGGUUUUAUUUUCAUAUAUAAGUAUACCUAUGUGUGUAAAAUGUAUAGAUGUGUGUAUGAAAUGUGUAUCCAGAUAUAAUAACCACGCCAACUGUGAUGAAAGGCUAUCCCAUUAUGCUUUUAUGUGGCGUUCUUUUUGGGUGGGGAGGCCGGGCACUUUUCGAGUAUUUGUUAGCAGCUCGUCUGCCUUCUUUAAAGCACCCGUUCAUUUCCUUGGCUCACUCUUUAAUCGGAUCGUUUGUUUCGUUGUCUUCAGGUGUUUUAGUCCCAUGUAUAUUUUUGAAUAUCUAUCCCUUGUUGGAUGAAUGGUUUGCGGAUAUUUUCUCCUGUUGUAUAAGUUAUCUCUGUGUUGAUUCUUUUCUUGGCUGUGUAAAAUCUUUGUAAUUUGAUACAGUUCUAUUUAUCUCCUCUUCCUUUUGUGCCUUUAGGCUCCCAUCUAAUAAACAUUGCUAAAAUCUGGGAAAGUGGCAACUAUAUUUUGUUCGGUAAUUUCAUAUGUAACGUUUUGAGAUGUAUUUUGUGUAUUCUGAGAGAACGGAAUCUGCUUUCAUAUUUCUGGAUAUCCAACACGGCCAGCAGCAUUUAUUGAUGAAACUUCCUAAUAGUACAUUUUUGAGGUCUUUUGUCAAAAAUUAAUGGCUGUAUGAACCUGAGUUAAUUUCUGAGUUCUCUUUUGCGCUGGCCUUUGCUUCUCUUUCGUACUGGUGACGUGCUGUUUUAAAGUUAGGUCAUAGCACCCCACCCCACACACACCCUGGAGUGAUUUCUUUCUCUCUCUUCAGCAUUGCUUUAACUUUUCUGGGUCUCUCUUGGUACCAUAUGGUUCUAGGAAUCUCCUCUCUUUUUACUUAGAAAGCUGUUUGUAAUUAGAAAGGAAUUACAUUGGCUCUAUGGAUUGUGUUGGGUAUUGUUGACUGUUCUAACCCAUGAGCAUACAAUAUCUUCCCAUUUCUGUGUGCAUCCUUUAUCACUUUAUUCAUUAGUGUUUUGUAAUUUUUUUGUAGAUAUCUUUCAUUUUCUAUGUUCUUUUUUUCUAAAUAUUUUAACUUUUGCUUUCUUAAUUUUUUCUUAGCAACUUCAUUAUUGGUGUAUGAAAAUGCUGUAGCUUUCUGUAGCCUGAUUUUGUAUUCUGCGGCUGUACUGCAUUCCUUUAUAAGUUCUAACAAUUUGGUCAUGAAAUAUUUCAUUUCUUCUGUUAGAGAAUUGUGCCAUUUACAAACAUGGCUUAUUUGAUUCUUCUUUCUGUACAAUUGGGAUAUACUUUAUUUCUUGUAGUUGCUCAUGUGUCCUUGCUCAAACAUCUAUUACUGUCUUAGGAGGGAAUGAGAAAGUGAAUAUCUCUGUCUUGCUCUUGAUCUUGUAGCACUAGGUUUUUUCAAGUACAUUAAUUAUUGUAAAAUGUAUAAAUGUACCCACUAUAAAUUAGAUUGUUGUCUAAGUGGUGGCUGGCAAGUCUUUGAAUUCCCAAAUGUUUUCUUCUAAAAUAAGCUUUUUAUUCUUUGUGUUUUAGGAACAAAAUAAAGCAUUUUAUGACCUUGUUAGUCCUCUCUGUAACGAUUCAUGAUCCAGGCUGGGCCCAGUUGCACAAUGGCUGGCAGGUCUUCUCUCAUAUUUUUCAGCCUUACAUUUAAAAUGGCUAAUGUAAAUAAGUAUUAUUGGGGACCAUUUCUCCAUUUUAAAAAGUGAAAUAUUUGAAAACAGUGCUCUGGAAAUUAACUUUAGUCAUCAGCAGAAACAGUUAAUGUAGAAAGGGGAAAGUUUGAAGUAGGUUUGAUGUUCUCAUAACUAAAUAUGUUUUAAAAUUAUUUAAAACAUUUUUGCUGUUGGUUUAAUAUUGUCAUGAUUAAAAUUUUCUGUGGGAAACCCUGUUUCAAAAAAAAAAAAUACUUGCUGUGAAGCCGGGUGGUGGUAGCACAAGUUUGGAAGGCAGAGGCAGGUGGAUCUCAGUGAGUUCAAGGCCUGGUCUACAGAGUGAGUUCCAGGACAGCCUGGGCACAAGGAAAAACGCUGUCUUGAAAAACAAACAAACAAAAAAUUGAGCUUGCUUAGACUCUCUUAAUAUGUCAGUAAUAUAUAAACAAAUUUUUGCUUAUAUAUACACACACAGGUAUUUUAGAAAAUGAUUAGUUCAUAUUUUGUUCCAAAAACUUUUCUUAGUUAACAUUAAUUAAAUAUUAAGUUAUAUUUGAGACUGGAGAGAUAUGGCUCAGCGGUUAAGAGCACUGGCUGUUCUUCCAGAGGUCCUGAGUUCAAUUCCCAGCUUCCACAUGGUGGCUCACAACCAUCUAUAAUGAGCUCUGGUGCCCUCUUCUGGCGUGCAGGGAUACAUGCAGGCAGAAUACUGUAUAUACCUAGCACUCGGAGGCAGAGGCAGGUGGAUCUCUGUGAGUUCCAGGUCAGCCUGGUCUACAAGCGUGUUCGAGGACAGUCUCCAAAGCUACACAGAGAAACCCUGUCUUGAAGAAAAAAAAAGAUACAUUUGAAUUAGAGGACAUCACACUUCCUGGGAAGAAUUAGAGAGAAGUGGGCUUUAUUCACAAUGUGAACCUAAUUCAAGGCAAAAUCGUGCCUGACUCCAGUGUGCUCUUGCUGUGUGAGGCCCACCCAGGUCUCCCUGCACAGAUAUGUGUUCUCCUGAGAGGACUUCUGGUGAAGAAAGUACGAGAUGAGCUGCUUGGAGAACAAAAAAGGAUUUUCUUCUACAAGUUCACCCUAAUAUACUUGAGGUCAAAUUUUGAAUAUCUGUAUGGAGCAGUGGUUCUAUGUGAUAUACUAGGUCGAUCUCUUUAGUAAUUGCCAAAAUGACUGUUAAAGGGAAGUUCAUCUGGUAAGGUCUGUAAUCUGGUGUUUUAUUUCACAGCACCUGACAUUAUCAUGACCUGCAAAAUAGCACUCAGUGUGCAAAGAUUUUACUUUUUCCAACUCUUCUCUCACCUCACUUAUCGGAGUCCAAGAAACUGUUAAUUCCGACCCAGAGAAAGGACAAGGCCAGGCUUCAUUUUAGACUAGAAGUGUGUGCCGUGCUGAGCUCUGUGUGUUUUAUAUGGAGACAGCACUGUCGUCUCCUGUAAAGACAGGCUUGCACACGGUGUCCUGUGGCUAACUUGUCACUUACCUUCCUUUAUUUAUGUCUCGGGGCUGGAGUUUGAUGGAGAGAGAUCAUUUCUGGUAGAUCCUGCAGAUUAUCUUAAGCUCCGUAAAAACUGUGUCAUCUAAAUGUAAAAUAUGGUUGAUUCUUGUGUUCCAAGAUAUUGUCUGAUUUUUGAGGUAAGUUUAUACUCUGAAAAAAAUGACAUGCAGUCAUACAGCCCACUAUGAAAAAGUUAUAUCCCUAAGUCUCUGUUAAAGCCUGAGUUGAGGGCAGUUGACAUUUCAUCUUGUUUUCUUGUGUUAAAAAGGUUUUUAAGAUGCCGUUAAUAUCAAUACUGUUAUGAAUUAUGAAUGGGGGACCCCGAGGGUAUCCUGCAUGUACAGGGGAACAUGCUGGCAUGCUGGGCAGAUACAGCGAAGGGCUGGCUGGCAAUCCACACCAUGCGGGCACGGCAGGUGAACAUUCACAACCCAGAUGCUGCAUCCAUGCGGAAAUGGUUGGUUAUAGUAAAGAGACGAAGAGAAGACAGGGAAGAGGGAGAGAAGAAAGAGAGGGGGGGGUCGAGGGGUGCACACCUCGUGGGAGUGGAGAGAGAGAGAGCAUGGAAGAGAGAGAGGAAGAAGAGGGUUUUUCUUUAUGUCAGGAUGCAGAGCGGCCCCAAGGGACGAGUCAGAAUAUUAACAAAUACUAUAGCUUAAUUUCUGCAUUCAGUCCCCACUGAAAUGAGUUUUAUAGACUCAGUCCAUUUCAGACAUUUAUUUAUGAAUAUUUUUAAAGCAUUAAUCUUCACUUUUUUGCUGAUCUGUGCUCAUGAGAAGUUAAAAAAUAGCUAGUUGUGAUUUGAACCUGAAAUAACCUUGCAUGAGAAAAGAGACUAACUCUUUACGCUUCUGCUUAGAGUAGAGUAUUCUGCAGGUUGGCCCUUUCCCCUCUAAAAAUAAUACUAUUAAAAAAAGACAAUUUUGGUAAGGUAUAGUGGUGCAUACCUUUAAUACCAGCACUCAGGAGACAGAGGCAGGAGGAUCUCUGUAUGUUCCAGGUCAGCCGGGACUACAUAGAGAGACCCUGUCUCAAAAAACAAACAAACAAAAAGUAAUCCUGAUAUCAUGAUCAUAUUUAUGAAAUGCCCUCCGACAUUUGUUUUUAGCAUUCUGUUUUUUACAAAACUUUUAACUUUUCCUCCAACUACAUGGCGCACAUAUUUUUCACAACUAUUAGAAUAUAUCCCAGAAAUCUUACAGUUUUAUAUUUGCUAACUCUGAGCUAAUUUACAAGUAAAAAUCACUUCUUACUACUCUGGAACUGAACAGGUUUUGCCUAGAUUUUGGGGGGGAGGUGAGGAAUGUUGAUUUAUCUUCUUCAUUGUUCCCCCUGUUCUACACUUUCAAUCCCAGGCUGUACAGGGCUUAGCCAACACUUUACCAACUGAGCCACACUGCAGCCAGAAUUAACUUAUAUUUACAUUGUCCUCAAGCCUUUGGGGGACUGUUCCGUCUUAAUUCCCUCUUCCAUUAGCCUAUGAUUGCGAAGCAGCCAUAUGUGACCCACAUUCACAAAGCGAUGUGUUGGAGAAAUGCUCUCACCAUUUUGUCAUUUUCCCACAUCCAGGUAGGAAAUGCCUUUGUUUUUUUUCCAGCGCUCUAACAGGCAAUUUUGAGUUCCAAAUUAUUGAGAACUUCUUAGCAGGGUAGUUUAAAGUUUGUUUUACUAAGUUGGCCUGGGUCACGAAAUUCAUUAAUAUUAAUGACUGAACUCAAAAGGCACUUAGCCUCUCUAAUCAGUAACAGAUACAAAGCAUUAAGCCAAAUGUAAGGCUUUGUUACGCCAGGAGUCAUUCCAGCGAGGCCACAUGGAAUAAGCAGGAGAACAGCCGGCCGGAAUGUUUCCCAGCCACCUCUGGCUUCUUCCUUCUUUAGAGAAACUGAAGUUCCUAAAAUCAUACUCAGAUACAUUUCUGUUGACGUCAUGUGAAUACAUGAAAUAAAAUACUUGGAACUAACCACUAGUGGUUUGAAAAAAAAAGCUCCAAAGCCCUAUUACUAAUAAGCUGUUAAAAAGAGAAAAAAAAAACCUUGGGAACAUACUUUCUUAACAUGUCUUUUUUAACAUGUCAACAUUAAAAUUGCAUUAAUUCAUGAAGUUUAUAUGAGUCAUUACUGACAUUUGUGAAAUUCAUAUAAAUAUGAGCUGCUGGGUGGUGGGUUCUGUUUGUCCCAAGCCUCUGAAACUGUCAUCAGCCUUUUCUAUAAACCAGAGAUGUGUCGGAUGACAGUGAAGGGCUGACAUUUCAACUUUGAAAUGAGCAAUUACACUGUUCAUUCAGAUUUCACUUACUCGUUGACAUACAAGCAACAUGUCCUUUUAACAGGCAGCGUGAAUGCAGUAAGGAAGGCGAGUGCUCGUUAGGUCACUUGGUAAAUAGAACUAAUAAUUUAAGACAUUAGUGGCAAAAGUGAUUAGCAAACUUGCAUUAAAAGCCAGAUCAUAAAUAGGUCAGGCUUGCCGAAUGCCCAGUCCAGUGACUGUAAUAAAGAAGCAGCCGUAGCCAGUGUGGCUGUGUCCCAGGAAGCCUUCAUUUUAGAAAACUGAUAGUCUUUCUGAUGCAGCACCUGGGUUAUAGCAGACCAGCUCCUGGUCACUGAACGACCUUGCUCCAUAUUGCCCUCUUCUGGGCAUACUGGGCUUGGCUCCUCUCUACACUCUCGGUGUCAGUAACCUCCCCUUCUUGACUCUAGAAUAAAAAUGUACCACUCCUUGUCUCAGUUGGAUUACUGGGAGCUGUUGCUGUCCUAAUCAUAGCUCUUGUAACUCUCCAGGAGCCGUGAUAGUCCUUUUCUGGUUUCCAUCCACCCCUCGAGGCAUUCCCUUCAUGGUUGGUGUGCCUUCAGUAUUUAUUCUUGGUUUUCUCCAAGUAUUAUCCUUGGGAACUACCCUGUAGUCCUUUAGCUAGAAUUCUUAACUUGCUCCCUGUCCUUAGGCCUUGAAGUUUAUCUACACCCCAAGUCUCUAACCUUAAUAAAUUCAUAUAUUUAAUAGCUUGAUGGUUUUUUUUUCUACUUGAUUAUCCAAAGACACUUCCAAAUCAAUAUGUAUUAAACUGAACUCAUGGUUCCUACUCUGUUCCAUCCCUGUAAUGGAUGGUUUUAUGUCAACUCGACACAAGCUAAAGUCUUCCGAGAGGAAGGAACCUCAAUUAAGAAAAUGCCUCCAUAAGAUUGGACUGUAGCAGGCCUGUAGGGCAUUUUCUUUAUUAGUGAUUGAUGGAGGAGGGCCCAGCCCAUUGUGGGUGGUGACAUCCCUAGGCUGAAGGUCCUGGGUGCUAUAAGAAAGCAGGCUGAGCUAGCCAUGAUGAACAAGCCAGUAAGCAGCACCCCUCCAUGGCCUUCACAUCAGCUUCUGCCUCCAGGUUCCUGCUGUUUGAGUUCCUGUCCUGACUUCCUUCGAUGAUAAACAGUGAUAUGGAAACAUAAGCCAAAUAUACCUUUUCCUCCCCAACUUGGUUUUUGGUCAUGGUUUCACCAAAGCAAUAGAAACCUAACUAAGACAACCCAAGACCUCUUCCUUCACCCUCAUCCUAUCUCAGUGACUGGCCCUGCUCAUCGUUUUCCCAAGCCUGAUGCUUGUCUUUCAUUCCUAAUACCUUGUAUCUCACACAUUUCUCAUUGAAAGAGGCACUGAGUUUUCAGAUCUUAUUUCUUAAAUGCCUCUUAAAUGCAUGUGUUUCUUUUAAUUUUCAACUACAGCUACCCUAAUUCAGACCUCCGUUACCUCUAGUUCUAUUAUUAUCACAUUAGUCUACUUCUUCCUUUUGCGGUCUCCCUAUCUUGUCCUGUUCAAGACUUUAUCUUUCUGAUCUUAGAUUACCUAUCAUUUCUAUUAUGAAUCUUCUAUUCACUCCACAGUACCUUGACUGUUAUAGCAUUCAAGUUAUUUUGUUCUUUCCAUUUAUCUCUCUUGGACAUUUAAGUUCAAGUAAAGCAAAAGUUGUAUGUAUUGAUCAUUGCCCUAGCCCCAACACCUUAGCAUGUUGCUUAUAAAAAUAUGUUAAAAAAUGAAAUUACUCUGAAACCCCAAAACCACACAAUAUUUUAUACAAGUCAUCAAAGCAUCAGAACAUAUCUAAUGAGUUUGACUUGCAGGGUUAAAGGAAAUAUGUAAUCAGGAAAUUAAAUACAUGAAUGAAGUAAAAAGGUCAUAGUUUAUAUAGGUGUUUUAUAGAUGUUAGGCCUUGGUCAUUAUGAUUAAUGCUACAGUUGGCCAGAUUUGCUCUGAGCUAUGUUAAUGUAUAUACUCAUAAUCCUGUGCUUAGACUGGUGGAACUCUGCCCUAGCUUUAUUGAGUCCUGGUUUUCAGAGGAAAAGUUGGUUUUACAGAUAAAUCCCCAAUGUGUAUGUGUGUGUGGGGGGGGGAGGGAUUAACCUACAGUGUUCGUGUUCUGCAUUACUAGUUAUUAAAAAUAUAUACGGCACUGCCCUUGAUGUCAAGGAGCUUCCUGCGUGAUAUGAAAGCUUCCAUUGCAGUAGUACAUCAUUGCAGUAUGUACAUACAUACAUUUUACUAACAGAAAUCCCACUGUAUGAGAGAAGCGCAGCACGCGUCCAGGGUGGUGGGAGUUGGGAAGACUCAAACAAGGUUUCACAGAGGAGAUGACAUUUCAAGAGAAUUCUGAAAUAUGAAACAGGUUUCCAGGAAGAGAAAAAAAUAAUUCUUAACAUUAUUCUUUAAGAUAAAUAAAAUGUGUUUGUGAAUCAUGCUUAUAUGCUAUAUUUUAUUUUAAUUGUCAGAAACAUCAAAUUAUGUCAGCAUUGUUUGUUAUGUACUGUGUUUAGGUAUAUGUUUGUGUCAUGCAUGACUUGUUAAAUCUGAAUUAUAAAAUCCAAUCCCAAUAAUUUUAGUUGCUUUAAUUGGACCAUACUUUUAUGCUUAGCGAUACAUACUAUGUGGAUACUGUCUUGGAAACACAAUAUGAAGCUAGUCAAAAAAUGUCGCUUAUACAUGAUUAUGUUAAAUUUUUAUAUUUUUUUCAGACAAGCAGACCAGUAAACUAGAUUCUGACUGUCCAGGGCUUUGAGGGGGGCAGAGUAAUUACUAAGUGUUAGCAGGCAGUGGCUAGAGGUCCUGGACUGCUUUAGAGGUGAUGAGGAUUUCUAGAAUUAACUGUGAGAGUACAGCCUUGGGGCUGAAUUACUCACUUUAAAUGAAUGAACUGAAUGGCAUAUGAGAAUUUCUAUAAAACUGCUAUUAAAAAAGUAAGUCGAAUUCUCCAAUGUUAUUUUCCCCCUGUAAAACAUGUGUUCCAUCUUUGUCUCAAGUAUCAUAGUACAGAUUGAAUUAUAGAAUGGUGUUGCCUGUGUUGAAUUCACAGCAGCUGCCACAAACUAAUAGUUUAAACAUAAAAUGAAAAUACUGGUCAUGAGCUCUUGGCUGAGGAUUAGAAAUGUAUCAACUAGUUAAAAGCACUUACUUUUGUAGAAUAUGCAUCAUUAGUUCAGUUGACGCCAGGAUGACUUUACAAUUGCAGUCAGGUUCACAGUUACAGUUUACAAGGCUCUAACGGGGAGGGGAAAGCGAUUUCAGCUAUGGCCACAGUAUGUUCAGAACAGGGCUGUUACAGGCUAAAGUGUCCUCUGGACAGUUGCUGCCUUGAGUUACUCCCACAUUCUAUCAACUUGUGUUUUAUCCUUGACUGUCUUUAGGAAAACUGGGUUCCUAGGUAUUGGGUGUGAUUAGUACUUCCUGUAACUCUGCAGUCAGUGGUGGAUCGUCAGCUUUCACAGGGGACUAGUUAAGUCCAUUUCAUAACUGACACAAUGCUGAGUGUGUCUUUUCAUCCUGAUGAAGCAGCCCCUGAGCAGGUAAGUGUAAAUGGUGACUGGAUGUGAGAUGUCAAGGGACGCAUUGGUCCUCUUCCUUCAAAUGGACUUAACAGCACAAAUUGUUUUGAAGAAUUAAAUCAGUUGGACAUAGUGACUCAUGACUGUAGAUUCUGAGAGAUGAGCUCAGCCAGCCUGAGCUACCCCAGGAGACACUGAAAAGGAAAUAAAAAAGGAAUUGGGCAGAGAGGUGGGGGAGAAGGAAGGAGCUGGCAUAUACCUUUAUAUUUUUUGUACACUGUUGACUGUGGUCAGUCAUUUAAUUUAGGACAAAUAUAAUGUAGCUCUGGAAAGUGCCAAUGUAUCACACAGAUUUUUGUCAAUACUGAUUUUAAGAAAACAAUAGAUCCCAAACUUUGGCUGUUGAAGUCCAAGUCUUUUACACUGCAUUCUGGAAACAGCAUGAGUCUAACUUAGAGAUUGUUGUUUACCCAGAGUCCCUCAGCCAGGGUACUAAAGCAUUCUGGGAAAUAAUACGGUUAUUCCAAAUGGUAAUGUUUUAGCAAAAGUGCUUCUGAUUAUAAUAAUUUCCAUUUUCCAGAAAACAUAAAGCAUCGCCUAUAGUAUUUAAUACAGAAAAGGCUCCAUUCUGAACUACUUCUGUUUAAAGAACUUCGAGUAAUGUUAUUCAAAACCUCUCAUCUUGCUGAUUAGAUUCAGCAACCAUAGCUAAAUGUAUCCACACCAAAGCCUAAUAUCAUAAUGAUAUAUCGGCACACACAUAAUGCAUUACAGUUAAUGAAUACUGCAUGGGGUACAUUUUUGAUUGGCUCCAAGUGUGUGUGCAGUGCACGGCCCACCUUACAGAAGAGAACUCUGCUGAUGGGACGGCCACACAUUGUUGUGUCUCUGUAAGAAGAAAGCCUCUUCUAGCCCGAGUGAAGAGUAAAGAGUGUAUGCAGAUCACGGGUCAGAUGGCCAGGAUUAAUUGAUCCAAUUAAACGCAGUGAAGUGUACACUGUUCUACGACUUUUGUGUUACUUAAAGAUUUUCAGCCAAAAUGCUUUGUUAUCAUGUUGGCAGCCAGACUGCUACAUUUUCUUCUCAGCUAAGUAGUGUGAAAUGCCAGGUUUUCUGCUUUAACCAGCUUGAGGUGAGAGCCAUUUUUUUUUUCAAAUUUAUUGAGAAUCAAUUGUUGUAGUUUGAUGAUUAUGUUAUUAGGUCUACUAUUUUCUAAGCAGAGUCAAGUACUG